AUGAUCGAAAUGAUGUCCAAAGCUCAGCAGCUGCUGGACCUGCGUGCAGAUGAACGUAGUCUUGAAGCUGGCAGAAGAGAUAUUGCAAGUGAUAAGUAG